AUGUCCUUGAGAUUGACACUAUCGUCGCGAUGCCUCAAGGCUCAUAUUCCAUCGAAGCUAGUGGCUAAUGUUUGCUGUACUAGUCGCUUCUCCACCACACUUAAGUUGCAGCAAUCAGACCCUGCUCAAAAGAGUACAACACCGUGGUAUUUAAGAAAAGAAAAUACGUCUCAAAUGGAACAAGUUACCUACGAUAAAGUUCCAGAAUUACCCAGUGAAACCCCUCAAAGUAUCAAGGAUCUACUUAAGUUGCUAACUGAAAAGUACGGUCUUACCAAUUUGAAAGUUUAUGACUUGGCUUCCCUUCCCUCAGAUCACCCCAAAAGCACAGAUGAACAAUCUCCUGAAAGAUUCAUUAUCAUUGCAUCUGGAAAGUCGGAAAAGCAUAUAUACAAAGUAUCGUACGAACUCAAACAGUACAUAAAGCACGAAUUUGGAUAUUUGCCCCGUAUUGAGGGUAUGACGUCGAACUCAAUAAGUUCUAGAACACACAGGAGGUUAGCUAAAAGAGCUAGACAAGGACCACCAGCAACUCAUAACGAUUUUGGAAUUGGUGCAAAUUCAUGGGUCAGAUGCGACUUAGGCAUUGACGGUGUUGUCGUGCAUAUCUUAAGUGAUGACCGAAGAUCGGAAUUGAACUUGGAAUCACUUUAUGAAGAAGAUGGAGAUGUGGAAGCUGCUGCUCCAGAAAUAUUCAAGAGGAAUUACGAAGACGCAGAAAGUGUAUUUUUUGGGUUACGAAAGCAUUUUCAUACCCAAUCUAAGCUUCAAAAUGUAUCGGAGUUGCGUUCGAUAACCAUGGCUUGUGUUGGACAACCAUCGCAAAAAAUACUUGAACUGUACAAAAGUGAUUUUGACUCCAAGUUCACUGGUUCAACAAUACAGGAAUGGUCAGAAAAGUUUGCAUUCUAUAAACAACUUUACUUGAAAAAUCCACUGGUCGCUGCGCUCACGGAUGUCGAAAAGAGUCUACUCGAUAAGCACUCUUCAAUCAACUUAUUAGGAGAAAAUAUCCAUUGGAAUCAGGAAAUAGUGAAUGAUGUGAUAAAAUAUAUGGAGCUUUUGUUGGAUCUGACGGAGCCUUUGCCAGCGGCUGAAAAGCUUGCUUUUCUUUCCAAUUUCAUUUCGUGCCUUACCACCUUUUCAGAGGAUGAGAUCCACUUUUUUGCCGUUGACAAGUUUCAAGCUUUAUUAUGGUCUUUGACUUGUGACGAGUAUCUUCCUAUUGACGCAGCACGCUUACAUACUAUCCUUCGAACAGGUGAAGGAUUGGAACCAGAAAACCGCCAAAUUAUUCAAGACCCAAAAGCUGCGCAAAACGUGAGGGAACUUCUUAGGAGUAUCAACUUUUCCAAGCGAGGAGCUAUACCACUAUGGCUACGAGAACAAAUGCUACAUACCUAUGCCAAUACCAGAAAUUGGAGCUACUUUUGGAAAGAAUGGGAUAUGAUUCAACAAAGUUUAAGUACGCCUGCUGAGAUUUUGUUCAUGCAAACGAAAACAAUACUACUUCUAGCAAUGAUUAAUGAUAAAAUUGCAUUACGAGACUUUUUCUGUAAAUUCUGGGACAAUUCAAACAGUCUGUCAUUUGUGGAUCAAUGGCAAAAAAACGGUGCUCAACUUAAUACCAAACAGGAGAAAGUUGCGUUGAAGAAGGCGUUGAGUAUGAUUCAUCAAAAUCAUGGAUCUAGUACUUGGUUUGAAAAUGCUCGCGUAUUCGCUACCACCUUGUAA